AAGUCUCUGAUUCUAUUUACGAGUGCAUGGUUUGGACUGACUUAGUUGGAGAGCUAUACAACGCGAAAGGACAUCCCGUAUUACUUCCCUGACAUGGCGGGAAACUUAAAGGAAAAAGUUCUGCAUUUCAAAAAGGAGUUUAGUUCUCAUUUCUUCACAUGCCUGGGACUUUGCUUUCUAGCCUAUGUACCUUGGGCAUUUGGCUAUUUACAGUUGAGCUUCGCAUGGAUUAUUUUGUUGUUAUCGUUCGGUGCUUUCUUGCAGUCUGGUCACCUGUUAAACCAACGACAAAGGAGACUCCAUAAAAACAUAAACGACGAGAAUGAUAUUAAAGAUAUAUGGCCCUCCAUGCCAUCUUGGAUUUACUUCAGCGAAGAGGAACACGCGUUAUGGGUCAACCGAAUACUCGACCAAAUGUGGCCUUACGUCGAAGAUAUGGUUCAGGCAAUACUAAAACAAUCAGUGGAGCCGGCCAUACAACAAAGUCUACCCGGGCCUUUACAGUGCCUACGCUUCGACAAGAUCUCUCUCGGACAAAUACCUCCAUACAUCACCAACUUUAAAACAUACCGUGUUUGCAACUCUAAGCGAGAUGAUGAAUUUAUCAUGGAUCUUGAUGUAGUAUACAACGGUGAUGCAGACUUUGUUUUAGCGGUCAAAAAAGUUAAACUUGGUGUUUCGGAUUUUCAACUUCAUGGGUCACUUCGUGUUAUUCUAAAGCCCUUGUUACCAGACUUCAAUCCCGUGGGCGGUGUGACGGUAUUUUUUCUAAACCGACCUAAGAUAUCUUUUGAUUUAACAAACUUGCUCAGUGUGCUGGACAUUCCUGGGAUAAAGAGUACAUUGUUGGAUAUCACAGAAGAUGUUGUUGCUUCGUUUGUUGUCCUUCCCAAUAGAAUCGCUGUCCCUCUCUCCCUCAAUGUUGAUGCGGCAGACCUGCAAUACCCGAUUUCCGAUGGUGUCAUACGUGUUCAGUUAAUCGAGGCUAAAGACUUGAUCAAAGCUGACAUGGCUAUUAUUAGUGAAGGGAGUUCUGACCCUUAUGCAAUUCUCGAAGUUGGCGCGCAAAAGUUUCGCACAAAAACCAAAAAAUCCAACUGCAACCCCGUUUGGAAAGAAACUUUUGAAGCAUUCAUUGACAACACGGAAGGACAAGAACUGUUUGUAAAAGUCUAUGAUGAAGAUAUUGCAUCGAGUGACGAGAAAAUCGGCGAAGUAGACCUCCAGGUGGCCAGAGUUUUUGAAAAAGGAAUCUCGGAUCUUUGGCUACCACUGGAAGGUGUGGAUGAAGGGAAAAUCCACAUGAAGUUGACAUGGUUUGCUUUAAGUUCAAACCCAGAAGAUCUCAGACAAGCGACACCGAUUAACCCAACAGUUGCAGCCGUCUUUGUUAAAAUAAUAUCGGCAGUUGAUCUGCCUAAAGACCUUAGAGAUGAAGAAGACCCAAAGAUGUUGCUAUGCGACGUCAGCGUGUGCAAGACAACACAGAAAACAUAUCCAGUUAGCAGCGUUACACCGACAUGGAACCAAGGCCUGCGUUUCCUCGUGAGCAAUCCACGUACUCAAACGGUAAGAAUUAACAUGAUGGAAGACGACAAGCUCCUGUGCCAUGUGAAGUUCGACCUUAAGCGCAUCGAGAAUGUCCCUGGUAUGACACAUGAGGGAGCAUUUCCACUGAUAGGACCAGGCUUUGAGAGAAGUGCUCUUAAAUGCAAAGUGGUUCUUCGAGCAAUGAAAGCAACACAAGUAGAAGAACCAGAUGGCAAUAGCUGCAAAGAGGUGGAGAAUGCGACUAACGACACUUUAAAUCAAAGAAAACUUAGAAAGAGUCUCCCUGGGCGCUUGAAUGCAUCCGUUCCUCAGUUAUCUGAGACAGAAGUAGACAGUGAAGGUCAAGGAAGGCUACAUUUCCGAAAGGACGCAUCAAGCUCAUCAAUGACCAGCAGUACCUGCGGAAUGAGCUCACUAACAUCCUUGGAACAGUCUACAGAGGAACUAACAUCCCGAGGGGAAGUCAAGUUGGGUCUAAGAUACGAUCACUCUAAGAAUAGACUGAUAGUAGUGAUCAUAAGAGCCGACGGGUUGAAGUCCCGCGAUGCAACAAACAGAACAAAUCCUUACGUGAGGUUAUACCUUCUCCCUGACAAAACCAAAAAGUCGAGGCGAAAAACCGCUGCAAGUCGUGGCAACGUGAAUCCAGUUUUUAAUGAGACUUUUGAGUACGAUGUAGGGUUGGAGGAACUUAAAGACAGGGAGCUGGACUUGGUCGUGAAGAACGCGAGGCCUGGGUUCAAUGUUCGACGAGGCUGGAAUAUGAUUGGUGGAACGACUAUUCAAUUGUCAGAGCUUGCUUUAUCUUCUGGAAUAACCAUGACAUGUGAGCUUAAAAAGAUAAUCACUGGAGUCUGGGUUUAUCGACAAAGCAUCAUGGAGAAGACGAACGAGCUAACUCCGAGACCCUUCUACAAGCGAAUUUAUCAUAAAAUUCGCUACAUGUCGAAGAAUGAAAUGAUGGAGUUUGGUCGUUUCUUCGCAGUCACGUUCUCUCUAUGGCUCGUAGGCUACAUGCACUUCAGCUUUGCCUGGAUUGUUAUGAUUGUGAUGAUCUUCGUCAGCUGGCAGUUCGAGAUAGACAAGAAGAAAAAGCAUCGCAAGAACUUGGAAAAAGCCCACAUGUCUUCGUUUUUCCACAAGUUCGAGAAUAUGCCUUCGUGGGUUUAUUUCUCCGACAAAGAACACGCUGAAUGGAUAAAUAAAAUGCUCGUUCAAAUGUGGCCUUUUCUCGGGGACAUGGUGUGUGACAUCCUAAAGAAUACGGUCGAGCCAGAGAUGCAAAAGAACCUUCCCAAAGCCCUGCAAACCCUGUACUUUGAUAAGAUAACUCUUGGUAAUCAACCUCCAGCUAUCAUGAGUGUUUCAUCAUAUGACUCAAGGGAGAAGGCUGGUUGCUUUAUAAUGGAUCUUGAUUUCAAGUACAACGGCGACGCACAGGUCAAGCUCUCAGUGAAAUCUGUGAAACUUGGAUUGACCAAUUUCCAGCUUCAUGGAGUCUUAAGAGUGAUCUUCAAGCCAUUGGUUUCCGAGUACAAUCCAAUUGGUGGAGUUACUGUCUUUUUCCUGAAUCGUCCAAAGACAAAAUUCGAUCUGACCAACUUGCUGAAUGUUCUAGACUUCCCGGGACUGAAGAGCACGCUCAGAGGAAUUGUUGAUGACACCAUUGCCUCGCUGGUCGUGCUGCCCAAUCGUAUAGCAGUACCGUUAGCUGAAGGUGUUGAUGGCAGUGAUCUACAGUACCCGAUUCCUGAGGGUGUCCUGCGAGUUAAAGUGAUCGAAGCGCGUGAUUUGAUAGCCAAGGAUUUUGGCAUCGGAAAGAAAGGAAAGUCCGACCCCUAUGCGAUCCUUCGAGUAGGCGCGCAGAGCUUCCAUACCAAAGUUAAGAACAAUGAUCUUAACCCAACUUGGAACGAGACCUUCGAAGCCUUUGUCGACAACAGCGAAGGGCAAAACAUAGAACUGACUGUAUGGGACGAGGACACCUCAAGCAAAGAUUCCAAGAUCGGUUUCAUCGAGACUGCAAUCGCAAGUGCUGUAGAGCAAGGCAAGCAUGACGUGUGGCUGCCUUUGGAGGGCGUCAAACAAGGAAGGAUCCACUUGUUCUUAUCCUGGUUUCCGUUGAGUACCAAUCCUGCUCACCAACAGGUUGCAGAACACCAAGAUGACUCCGUAGCUGCUCUGUUUGUCAAGGUGAUCAAUGCCAGCCAGCUUCCUGUCAAUAAAGACCCCACUCUAAACAGUAUCUUCUGCGAAGUCACAGUCGUCGGGACCACCCUUAAAACCUUUACUGCCUAUGGGGAGAAGACAGAAUGGAAACAAGGACUCAGUUUUCUCUUGAAGAAUCCAGAAACAAGUGAAGCCAAGAUCCGAGUCAUUGAAUCUAAAGGGAAUCGAUGCCUUGGCGUCAUGAAGUACACCAUCCACGAUUUACUGCAGAAGCGUGGAAUGAGCGAAGAGAAAGCCUUUGCGCUCGAGGAAUCCGGGGACAAGAGUACUCUUGCUUGUCGACUGACACUACGGAUGCUGAGUCUUCCAAGCUUGAUGGAAAUCGAGGAAAUAGGUGGACCUGGAGUCGAGGAUGGCACUGAGAGAGAUGUUCCGCAUGUAGACGGUCCCCAGGUUCCAACACUUUUAGUCGACGGAAAAGAGCCUGGUAACGAAGGUCACAAGGCAGAGACUGGGUCCGAACAGGGUAGCGUCUAUGAAGAAAACAGCUUUGGGGAUCAUUCAAUAGAAGACUUAACUAGUCGAGGAGAACUAGAUCUACAUUUAAAAUAUGAUCACCGAAGAAAUUGCCUAUCCGUAAAAGUCAUUGGCAUUAAAAAUCUCAAAUCACGUGACGCCGAGCACAAGACCAACCCGUUCGUGCGGCUAUACCUGUUACCAGAUCGCUCCAAGAAAACGAGGCGUGUCACUAAGAUCAUAAGAGGGUCACUGGACGGAGAAUACCACGAGACGUUUGAAUAUGCAGUUGGUCUUGAUGUUCUUGGUAACCGUCAGCUGGAGUGCGCUGUAAAGAGUGAUCGCGGGCUUAGGAAUCGAUUGAUUGGUACUUCGACCGUUGAGUUGGGAGAGCUGGAGCUAACAGAUGGAUGUGACUUACAAUUGGAAUUAAAGAAAAUCUAAAGUCCUUGGAGACAAUCAUAUAUUAAAGUCUUCUAGAGGAUCUUGAUAGACGUUUGAACCAAAGAAAUGCAGAUUUUUAAAAGGUUUUGAAAAGAUUUGUUCGUGCGGUAGUAUCAUUAGAUAAGUGCUAAUACAAAAUACUUUCUUCAACGCUUAUCAAAUGUUAAGAGAAUAAGAUAGCAAUCCAUAGAGAUCACGAAGUUUUUUUUUAUAAUAAUAGUCCUGUAAGUUUUGCAGUAUGGCAUAUGAAAUAUUACGAAAGAUGCUUAUUGUAGAAUUGUAAAAGCCGCGACAAAAAUUCAUAACGAAAGAUUACGACAAAUCAAGACUUUCAACAAAUUUAAAACUUGUCAUAAAUUAAAAGCAACAGUAAUUGUUGGGACGCCAUACAUUAAACCUGUUAAAUUAUUAAAUAAAACUUAAUAGUACAUGAUAUCUAUUAGACUAUUAAAUAUAGUGACGUUUCGAGGGGUCGGGAAUGCAGCAACCACUGACUCGAAAAUUUCCGCCAAAUCAACAGCAAGUCUUUUAGCAUUAAAUACUGAAAGUAGCACGCAUUUCGUAGCAAAGGAUUUUUCUGUUGCCCUACAAGGGAGCAAAAUUUGGUUUUUUCUCUAUAGAGGCUUUGCACAAUAAAGUGAUGGCAGUAAUGACAAAGGGUGCUGAACAAGAAAAUAAACGUAUUUUAACUACCCUAUAAA